GUUGCCUCUUUUGAGCGAACCACUACCACCUCAGCGUCAACGUGGUACUGUACGAGUACAUACCAAGAAUUACGAAUAGAAUGGCAUCUGCUGGCAGUACCAAUUCACUCGUGGUCCCUCCUUUGCGUGGAGAUGCUCGAGGUCAAUAUAGAGUACAUAUUGUUGGGAACAGCGGUGCUGGCAAGAGCACACUCGGUAAAGAGCUGGCCGCCCUCCUUGGAGUGCCCUUCAUUGCUCUGGACUCACUCUUCUGGCAGCCAGGUUGGAAGCAGCCUUCGGCUCCUGAGUUCCGCGAGACUGUGCAAAAAGCCCUUGAUCAAGCUGACAAGGGCUGGGUCGUAGAUGGGAAUUUCAAUGCGCGACUUGGGACGAUGAUUAGUGAGGCAGCUACGGAUAUUAUAUGGCUCGACCCUCCACUGGUCCUAUAUUUUCCUCGGCUCUGCCUCCGUACCAUCCUCCGCCUCCUCGGGCUCGCCCCACCAUGUGCCCCAGGCUGCCCAGAGUCCUUCAAAGGAAUCUUCCUCUCCUCAGAUAGUAUCCUCUGGUUCUCCCUGAGUAUGCAUUGGAAAGUGAGGAAGGCCCAGAUGCAGGCUUAUCAGAUAGAUUCUGUGUGGGGCGGUGGGAACCGAAGACGGAUUGGAGGUUGGGGUGGGGAGUUGAGGGACUGGAAGAGGGACGUUGAGGAGAUGAUUAGGGCGCGUGGAGCCUCUGGUACUGGUGCAGGUGGAGAUGAGGAUUCGAUUGGCCGGUAGAGAGUUGGACUGUGGUGCCCGUACCGCGUUUGUACACAGGCACAUGUGCUUUGGAUAUAUUCGAUAAUGAUAAGUAUUAUGUUUAGUACUCUGCUGUCACUCAUAUUGCCGGUUCGUAGUACCAUGUCGUAACAUAACAUCAUGUUUCAAGCACAAUAAUACAUCUGUUGAGUUUGACUCUCACGUCAGUGUCGUCCUUCUCUUCUCC